AUGGCCGGACGAUCAAAUUCCCCCAGAACUCCCUCGCCGAAGAGCGGAAGAACCGGAAAGAUCACCGACUUCUUCAAGUCGGUCCAUCAAUCUGACCCAAAGCAACCUACAAAACGAGAGCUUGAAGUCGAGGACCAAGAUGCUCAGCCGACGAAGAAGCUCAAGCGAAGCGACGAUGGGCAUGGCGGUAGCAUGAAGACGGCCCGUUACCAAGUCGCCAUCAACACCCCUGAGCCCAAGACCAGAAAGCCAGCCUCCGCCCGUCUACUAGACGACACCGAUGGGGGGCUUCACGAAAGCCUUGUCGGCAGACGGGACUUCCUCUCCGAGACGAGCGCCAGGGACGACGGCCUAGUUGAAGACCAGCAACGCAAAGCCUCCAGGCCAGUUCAUACCCCCGCUCGAGCAAACGCCCCUAAGUGCAAGAGGCCGACAUCUUCCCGUCUAUUGGAUGAGACCGAUGGAGGUCUGAUGGACAGCCUGGUCGGUCGCUUCAAAACUCCAAGGCACGGGAAGGAAAUUUCCAGGUUUGAGGAGAUGAAGAGCACUGACGGCUCGAUGCACGAAACCGUGAACGAUAACGUUCUGGACGAUGACACCGAGGCUGAGACCAUCAAGCUCGAUGAUAGUGAAGAUGAAAGAAGCAGCGACCAAGACGAUGAGGGGGAUUAUAGCGAGGAGGAUAGCAGCGAUGACGAAGAUAGCGAGGUUGACGACAGUGACAAAGAGAACGUCGACCCGCGGAAUCGCAAUAGAACACCCUCGCUUCCGCCUCUCCCCGCAACCCCCGAGCACCACGGAAACCAGAGCGAGACUGGCGACGGGACCCCAAGUAACCAAUCCUCGACCAGUCCAUCGCCGCUCCUUCUGCCGAGCCCGGUCAUCGAUUUACCUCCACUCCCAUCUUCAUCCUCGUCGUCGUCCCUCUUGGUCCCUGAACAUCAGUCGACCUUGCCUUCUCCCCCGUCGUCGCCAUAG